AUGACAUGGUCAAAUUUCUGUGAUGAUGUGGAACGGGUAUGCAGGCGAUGGCUGGUCCUCCCUUUUUCCUGCUGCUUUCCCCACCUCGAUGUUGACGAUCAACAUGGAAGGCCAGAGCACAGUGUCGAAAAAUCGGAAAGUCAAAAGUGCAUCAAGCCGCGGCCGAUCGCACCAGCGAAGGCUUUCACUCCUCCCGAGAAGGCGGCAUUGCCUCCCAAUUCAUCUCGUCCAAGGGCCGCAAUGCCACGCAUGAUUGCGCGUCCCCUGUCGAUGGCUAGUCUCUCGAGCAGAAGGUCUCAUCGAACCAAGUCAGCACGACCUGUCAUCAGUGCUGCAUCCAAUUUUCGAAGAAUAGAUGGAUUUGGAGAUGCCGAAGGCUUUUCCCCUCUGGAGCUCAGUAUCCAUCAUCCUGAGAACAUUCUCUCUCCUUUGCCUUGCUUUCAUUCAUAUUCCUGUGACGAGCCACGACCAAGAGCUCGCUCGGUGCUGGCGCCGACUAAGUCGAGACGUGGAAGUGUAGUUUCAGAGACAUCUCGAAACUUUGCUAUUCCCAGGAAGCCUAUUGCUUCAGGGGACAGUCGUAGAUCCUUGAGCGUUCGUCACAGUGUUGACUCCCAUCUUACUCCAUCGACUACGGCUACGGAAUGGACAGCGAACCCGCUCCAUACUGGACUGGGGUUUCCCGACUCACCUAGCACUCAAAGUUUACUGGCUGCCAUGCGGUCCCGCAACGGUGAAAAGCCAUUACUAGGUAGGACCUCCUCCACCAGUGACCUUGCUCAAAGAAGCCGCGGUUCAUUGUCUAAAUGCGGUCUUGCAAACGAUUUAUUCGAAGACGAGAAUUCUCGAAAGAAUUCAUCGCGGGCGCUGAAGCUCUGCGUUGAACCAGCACGCAUGGACAGCAUCCAGGAGGUCUCUUCUGGUGCGAUGCAUCUGACUCCAGCUUCUGGCAAGUCUGAGAAUCCUACUCAGCUGGCGGGAACAUCGCUGGGCCAAUCCCGUCCCAAUAUCACACGCUCACGCUCGGCGGGACCAUAUUUACGAGCCUCGGUCCUCCAGCGUCCUCUUCCGCCUACUCCUACUCCAUCAGACGUAUCCUAUUUCUCUCCGCAGCUGCUGCCGCCUCAACUUCCUCCGAAGCUAGAGACACCAAGUUAUAACAUGCUUCCGACGCGGUUCACUGGCCGUUCCUCAAUCGCACGUUGGCUUUUCCGAACGUCCGUGAUAAAUACUUCGCCGGAGGCUGCGCUGCUCGUAGAGCAAAGAGCCCAUUCUCAGAGCUACGAUACACCAAAGACGCCUCCAUCCUUUGGAUCAGCUACGACGAGUCCUUCCACCCGCUCAGGCUCAAUUUGUUCGACGGAUUUCUUUUCCCAGAAUGCAGCAUCUGCGACUUCUUCUCCGGGAAGUGUUCGUCUGGACCCUCAAGCCAAUUUGGGUCAAGAGAAGCUCGCCGCUAUGUGGGGCAUGCAGGAGGGAACCGCGAGUUAUGACGUAUACCAUAGCCGUCGCAACAUCUGGGACGGUAAUAGGCAAGUGGGCUUGGCUUUUUAG